UACUGUUUUUGUAAAUUAGUUUUUUUUUGGCUAAAUAUUUUAUUAGCAAUAAACAUAGCGUUUUCAUUCUACUAAAACAAAAGUAUUUAUCUGAAAGUUACCAUUUAUUCUAUCGUAAUUAAAAAUUUUUGCCGAUAAUCUGUUAAAUACAUUUUUAAAAAGUUUGGAAACAUGGCCGAAAAAAAGAAACUGAAAAAAUCGAAGGAAGAAAUUGCUAGGGAAUUCGAUCUUCCAGAAAGAAAAAGUAAAAUUGCCACAAUAAUGAAACAAGAUGACCAAGCAUAUUGUCUUUGUCGUUCAUCAGAUUGCUCAAGAUUUAUGAUAUGCUGCGAUGGAUGCGAAGAAUGGUAUCAUGGGGACUGCAUUAACAUUUCUGAAAAGGAAGCUAAGCAUAUUAAACACUACUAUUGCCAAAGAUGUAAGGAGGUUGAUCCAUCUUUGCAGACUGUUUUUCGAUUAGUUCCAGCUGAAAAAAUUGCUAUGCCAACUAAUGCUGUGACGCCAGAUGUUAUACAAACAACUCCACCGAAAAAGAAAAAGGAAAAAGAAAAGUCAAAUGUUACAACACCGAGCUCUGCUGGACAAAAUUCAGCAAUAAGUUCAACACCAAGAUGUGGAACUUGCGAAGGAUGCCAGCGACCAAGUUGUGGUAUGUGUGAUGGUUGCCUAUCUAGAAAAAUUGGAAGAAAGCCGCGGUGCGAACAGAGAAUUUGCCUGUAUCAGAAGAAAAAGGAAAGGAAAACGACAAAUCGCAUAAAAAAAAGAAAAAGGUCUGUAAGUCCAGAAAUAUUUAUGAAUCCAGAAUUAGAGGGUCUUAGACAAUGUCGUGGUCCAGGGUGUACAUAUAAUGCUCGUCCACAGUCAAAAUAUUGCUCUGAUGCAUGUGGAAUGAAAUUAGCGACGAAUAGAAUUUUUCAGGUUUUACCUCAAAGAAUUCAAGAGUGGACCUUGACAAGAUGUCGUGCUGAGGAAGAAAAUAAAAAGCAAUUAGACAGUAUUCGGAAAAAACAGGCAACUGUCAGUUAUACUUUAGCCCAACUUGAUAAAAGGCAUGCGGAAUUAGAUUUAUUAGUUGAAAGAGCAAAAAGUUGCACGCUAGAUCCAAAAGCGCUAGAUAAUAAUGACAUUGAAGAUGAACAGUCUAUGUAUUGCAUUACUUGUGGACAUGAAAUACAUUCACGAACUGCCAUUCGUCAUAUGGAAAAAUGUUUUAAUAAAUAUGAGAGUCAAGCAAGUUUCGGCAGUAUUUUUAAAACCAGAAUUGAGGGAAACUCUAUGUUUUGCGAUUUUUACAAUGCAGCAAGUGGGACUUAUUGUAAGCGUUUAAGAGUUCUUUGCCCUGAACAUUGUAAAGAUCCUAAAGUUUUGGAUACUGAUGUUUGCGGUUGCCCAUUAGUGCAAAAUGUUUUCACUUUAACCGGGGAAUUUUGCCGUGCCCCCAAAAAAAAUUGCUUUAAGCAUUAUGUGUGGGAGAAAAUUCGCAGAGCUGAAAUUGAUUUAGAGCGCGUUCGGCAAUGGCUUAAAAUGGAUGACUUAUUAGAUCAAGAAAGACAAAUUCGUGCAAGUAUGACUAGUCGGGCAGGUGUUUUAGGUCUUAUGUUGCAUUCAACAUACAAUCAUGAGGUUAUCGAAGAACUUUGUAGAGUAGCUCAAUUAAAACAACAACAGGAACAGAAUCAACAAAGUCAGUUGCUUCAACAGGAAAUGAAUUUGCAGCACAAGACUGCAACUAAGAACACUCAAAAACAACAUUCAUCAUACCAGAAUCAACACAAUCAACCAAUAAGUUGUUCGACACAAAUAAACAAAUCAAACAAAAGCAAAAACUACCAAGCAAAUACUUAUUACUCCCAAAUGUAGGAAUUUUAAAUUGCUUGUUUAUAAUACAAAUCUAAAAUCGUUUUGUUAAUAGUUUCUGGGAGUAGUUUAUAAAAUUGCGCUAACUACAAAGUAAAAAAAGUAUACAUCUUACAUCUACAAAUUUAAAACUUUAUAUGCAUACCCAAGUAAGUGUGUCCACCAAUUUGUAGCUUAUAA